AUGAGGAGUGUUUUCUGGGCUGAUGGAAGAUCAAGAGCUUCUUAUUUGCAAUUCAGUAAUGUUGUUGUGUUUGAUGUGACAUACAGAACUAAUAAGUUCAGUCUUCCAUUUGCUCCAUUUACUGGUGUGAAUCAUCACAGGCAGUCCACUUUGCUUGGUUGUGCAUUAUUAGCUGAUGAACAAGAAGAUACCUUCGUGUGGUUAUUUCAAGAAUGGCUUAAAUGUAUACAUAGGGUUGAACCGGGUGCUAUUAUAACAGAUCAGGAUAGAGCCAUAUGUAAUGCUAUUCACUCUGUGUUUCCAAUGACAAGACACUGUUAUUGCUUUUGGCACAUGCAAAAGCACAUUAGUGAUUAUUUGCCUACUUUGGGUUCUUGUUAUGGUGAAGAGUUUCAAAGGUAUUGGGGCUUAUGGUGUAAUAGUUCUUCAAUUGAACAGUGUGAAGGACAUUGGUUAGAGAUGAAGGAGAAGUUUGAUAUAAAUGAAGAUGUGGAUGGAUGGUUGCAAACUGUUUACAAAUAUAGAGAACAUUGGGUGUCAUGUUAUUUGAAGGACACUUUUUUUGCUGGAAUGAGAUCGAGCCAAAGAAGUAAAAGCAUUAAUGCAUUUUUUGAUGGGUAUGUUAACUCACAGACUCAAUUACACGAGUUUGUUCUACAAUAUGAAAAAGCAUUAACUCAUCAUCGCUUAAGUGAAGCCCAUAAAGAUUUUAAGAGUCUUAACACAAAGCCUGUCAUGCUCCUUGGACAUCCGAUUGAGGUCCAAGCUGGAGAAAUGUAUACACGCAACAUGUUUGAUGUGUUCCAAACUGAAUUCAAAUGA